UCCAGGGUGCAUCAAUUUUAAAUUAUGGCAGCUGAUUCUGAAUCAAAAAGGACCACUCUGUUCCAAAGUGUGCAAGGAGGAGUGACGUACCGAAUCCCGUCUCUCAUUUACAUCAGUGACGCACAUUCUUUCCUCGCUUUUGCUGAGAAACGCUCUAGUCCCUGUGAUGCUGAUGCAGAAUACUUAGAAAUGAGAAUAGGCUCCACUUUCAAUGGAUCUGUACAGUGGCAGCCUACAGUGAAAAUGAAAAAUGCCAGUUUACCUGGAUAUCGCACUAUGAACCCCUGUCCUGUCUAUGAGAAGAACACCAGAGUCCUUUACCUUUUCUUCAUUUGUGUGGAGGAUAAAGUUUCUGAGUGCCAUCAGAUCUUCACUGGCCACAACAAAACCAAGCUGUGCUACAUUUGUAGCAAAGAUUUUGGAACCAGCUGGAGUGAAGUCACCGAUUUGACAGAACACUUGAUCGGCGACUGGGCCACAUUUGCUGUUGGACCAGGGCAUGGAGUCCAGCUGAGCUGUGGACGAUUGGUCAUACCAGCUUAUGCAUAUGUGAAAAAAACAUGUUGUUGUUUUUAUUGUCCAUGCUCUUGCAGCUCUCAUUCCUUUUCAUUGUUCAGUGACGACAACGGUCAGAUGUGGAAGGUUGGGGAAAUGAUUAAUGAGUCAAAAACAGUAGAAUGUGAAAUGGCAGAAGUAUUUAGCUCAGAUGGUCAUAGCCACUUGUAUUGCAAUGCCCGUAGUGAGUAUGGAUGCCGAGUGGAAGCCAUCAGUGAGAAUAACGGUACAAAUUUUGGGAAACCACAAAAGGCACAAUUGCUUGUUGAGCCAAGCAAAGGCUGUCAGGGGAGUGUUGUCAGCUUUCCAGCACCAGCAGAAUCUUUACAGAGUGAAGAGAAAUCUACUGCUCCCCAACAAAGUUGGCUCUUGUACUCUCAUCCAACUAGCCGUGAAAAACGAGUCAACUUGGGAAUCUAUAUCAACAAAUCCCCCUUAUGCCCCUUGAAGUGGAGUAAGCCCUGUGUUAUUUAUAGGGGUCCCAGCGGCUAUUCUGACCUCAGUUACUGUGAUGACACCAAGAGCUUUGCCUGCCUGUUUGAGUGUGGUGUCCAUUCAGAGCUGGAGGAGAUUGCAUUUGUGCAAUUCACUCAGAAUGAAGUGAUAAAUGCCAGUAAAUGUCCCUAGAAAAAACAACGAAACAAAUUAAAAUGUUUAAUAUUUGUUUAAAAGCAUAAAAACAAUUUUCAACAACAAACCAAAGGAGAAACAUCAUGAGAACACAAAUCUGAGUGAGCAGAUCCACUCUAGUCCUAGCAAUAAAUCAUACUUGAGAAAUAUCCUAUAAAAGGAGAAGGUGCAAGUUAUUUAAGUAAAUUCAAGUCCUCAAUUAUUCAUGACUUAAAGGAUAAGUUGGAUAUUGAAGUUGAAGUUAUUUCUUCACAAUCAUGGUAUAUAUUAAUUUGCCUCUUGAAAUUGUCUGCUAAAGUGAAACAUUUUUUUAUUAAUGUAAAAAACUCCUGUAUCCAGCAGGGGGCAUUACCUCCCUCGUUGGAAUGAGUUCUUUUGUAAUUGUGGUGUGUUACAUAACCCGAAUCUGUAUAGAUAUGAUACAGUAUUAAAAGGCGAUACCCCUCCUUUAGUGAUAUGGUGGUAAGAAAUCACAUAGGAGAAAUAACUUAGUUUUCUUUAACGACGGCUUACGCUACAUAACAGACGAAGGAAGUCAAUGGCAAGAACCCAGUUCAGGAGUGGGGGCCCGAUGUGUAGAGUCUGCCAUUUUCGUCACUGCGAUGGAAGGAUUUUCAGGAUUGGGUGACAUUAUCUCCCAUCCGCCCUUCGGCUUCAAAGGUGUGCCGGGCAAUGUUCCAAGGCUUUACACUCUUUCUUCAUGUGCAGGCCCCCACUUAGGUGAAUCAUGCCAUUCCAAACAAGGAAAAGGGGAUACAAUUUCAUGCUGACUCUGACAGACGAAAAAUAGUGCACGUCUCCCCAGCUGUCUUUAUCUGUCUUGUCUUAUGCUUUGCCUAGCAGUUCUAAAUGAUGAGCCUCUGUGUGUCAACUGUGAAAGAAAAGUAAGAUUUAUAAAAUAUAUUUGUACAGAGGACAGUGACAUAUUAAACUUAUGUUCUGAUUACAACUCCUUUUCUGUGCUUGCCGUUUACAAUGGGGCUUUAGGGUAUCUGGGUCCAUAGGUUAUAGAAAAAGCAUCCUUGUGAUAACAGAAGGAAACUGGAAAUACGAGGGACAUUGAAAAAGUUUCUGCACUUUUUUUUAACUCUAUUUAUUAAGAAUUUCAAAAACAAAUUACAGUACAUCACUUUUCUACAUAAUCACCUUCAUUUGUGAUGCAAUUUUCCCAGAAUCGUACCAACUUUUUACUGCCCGAUUACUACUCAUCCUGCCUUUGCCAUUUCCAACAAAAAUAUAAAAGUACUAGUCAUUAAGCCCGUUACAAUAAUGGGCACUAGAACAGUAGUGCAUAAACAUUAGUAGGAACAGUCUAUAUUAAAUGGCAAGGGACUUUGACCUCAUUCUGUUUGUUGGUCGUAUUUUUCAUUUGUCUUUCAGCCUUUCUUUUGUUGAUGUUUACUUGCUGAGCUGACCGUUCUUCGUGGGCUGCCGCCGUGUAUUGUGUGUCUUUAGUUUUCUAUGACAGUAAUACUGUCUUGUACGUCCACUGGCUUGUACGUCCGUAAUAUACCUUUAAUUUUCUCUGGCGGUAAUAUAGGUGUGCGCGUCGGUAAUAUGCCUUUAAUUUUCUCUGACAAUAAUACUGGCUUGUAUGUGGCUGUAAUAUGCGUCACUGUAUUGUGUACCUUUAAUUUCCUCUCGCAGUAAUACUAGUUUGUAUUUCCGUAAAAUGCCUGUAACUUUCUCUGACAGUAAUAUCGCACAUCGCACCGUGCCCCGCGCAUGCGCACUUCACCUGAAGACACACACACACGGACACCUGGACGCACAUAGGGAUUUUACUAAAGAGGAUGGAAACUUUUUGAAUGUCCCUCAUAAUUACUUUAUAACAGAUUCUUGGUUCAUAUAUACAGUAUUUCUUGUUCGUUUGUCUGCUUGCAGCGACCGUUGUGGGCGGAUUUAUGACAACCCAACACCAACCUGACCCACUUUACAUUCUGUGUUGUUAUUUCACAUAGCUAAGGUAGCAAGAUAUACGCCGAGUGAAAAUGAGUUUCAUUGUGCAGUACUUUACCAUUAAAUCUGAACUGAACUGAUUAGACUGCAUUGUAUUUUAAAUAAUAGCCUUUGAUUUUUUUUUUUGUACCUUUUCUGAGGUUUGUUCAACCCUCUGGUUCUGUGCCUGCUCAAUAUUCUAUCUCACUGAAGCUCAAUGAACAAUAUCUUUGCGAAGUAAAGAAAAAGGCUUCCUUUAAGUGAAAGAAUAUAAGCAAUUGUGUGCCUUUUUUUCAGUUAUUUUUGUCUAGUUGUCUACAGAACUAGGAUAGCAAUUCACAUCUGGGAAUCAGCAUUCAGUGUCAGUAAGAGCGCGGGGUGAUGACGUCUCUUAAAAUGGCACAACAAUGGUUUGCUUUUUGUUUUUCUUUGUAAAAUGACAUGGAUACGCUGUUUUGCAAUAUGUGUGUAAUCUGAAGACACAGAUCAAUACUCAAUAACAUUUUGGUACUCAAUGGACAUAUUUGGUAAGUUUUAAGGCUUUUUCUAUCACCUAUGGACCUGUGUACCAUAAAGCCCCUUUGUAAACUGCAAGAACAGAAAAGAUAUUUUUAAAAUUUAUAAAAAAUGUUUUACUUAAGAAGACAAUUUCAAGUGGCAAAUGAAUAGAUACAUGAUCGCGAAGAAAUAACUUUGAUUUAAAAAUACCACACUUUUUCUUUAAGAGUCUGUUUGAAACAAACAAAUGCAAUAACUGUUAAUUUGCUAAUUGCAGGAUAAUGGGCCCAAGUUUGGGUCAAAUUCAACCCCUCUGACAAUCGCAAAAGGUGUCUCGAUUUCAGGCAGGUCUUAAGUGGGUCUCAGAAGUGAGAUAUGUGCUGAUUAUUCUUGACCUCCCCGAUUCCCUCACAAACCAGUUGCAGCCACCCUUGUUUUAAAGCAUAUAUAUUCAAUACUUAUGACAAAUCCUGUAGUAUGUGAAUCACUGAGAUUUAUUAUAUGCAAUGCAUUUUUUCGUCACAUGAGAAAGAUCGAUAGCUAGUGAGAGACGUGUGGUGAAGAUGGAAGCCUCCUUCUCCAUCCAAAGCUGGUUCUUGCCUUACAACCACACGACCCUGAAGUGGAUUAACUGGGGCUGAUAAUUUAGAGAUGGAUGGAAUUUUCAGCUUCUUUCUCUCUAACUAAACAUGCCACCUAAGCCACUGUAUUUUGCAAAGUCUCUUUUACAGUGCCAUACAUAUUCAAGAAAUUAGCUUUUAAAUUGUGUACUUGUGUAUCAAUCAAUACAUAAAAAUCUACGUAUAGGAAGGUAAUUGAAAUAAAAAAAUUAUUACAUUAUGUAUAAAUGAAAUUGUUUAUCUUUAUGUAAAAGUGCAACCUGAACCGUCAGUUUUAUAAAUAUAUAUAUCGUUACAAUAGACCUUUUUGUACAAGUUUUACUUUUUGAGUCAUAUUCUGCAUUUUGUUCUUUCAGUUCUACAAAUGUAAAAUAAUUUCUGUCUUUUUUCCCCUCCAUAUCUAGCUGCCUAUUUCUAUAAAGCAGUACGUGUGGACUUGUACUUCAUGACAUAUACAGUAUUG